CUCACUCGCUUCAAGAGGAGCAAUUCAGCAGCAAAGACAAGUCCACAAAGCCAGCCUGGAGCCUUAACGGUCAAACAACCAGACUGAAUUGCGAAGAUAUAACGAAUACCUUCAGCUCAAAUAUGGAAAACGAAGAAUUCCUAGAUUUGGACAUUGAUACUUUCAAUGUCACGUACGUCUUAGAAGAAGACGAUGAUCCGAAUACCGUACAACUCACCAGUCACAUCAUAGUCGGCAUUUUCACAUCUCUCGGUAUUCUGACGUCUUUAUUAGUGAUGUCAUGUCCGCUGUUCAUCCGGAGACUGAGGACACCGUUCUUCAUCGUGUUGGCCAGCUGGUGUCUGGCGAACAUCCUCUACCUAACUUUCAGGGCUAUCGUGGUCUUCACCUCACGGAGAAGUUGGACGUUGGGAGAAUUUUGGUGUCACGCUUUGAUAUACAUAGAGUCGGCUCUAUACUUCACAAGGCCGUACCUUUUGGCGUUAGCCGGUCUCAUGACUGUACUAGGAAACAGGCGAUGUCAGCGAUGGACGGAAUCACGUCAGUGGGUGCGGAUUGUGGCGCCAUUGCUGGCCUCCACGGCUGUUUGGUUGAUGACGUUCCUGUCGUGUAUUUGGCACUGGUUUAAUGCGAAGUACGUAACUUAUUUCUCAUUUGGGACGCAGCAAGUGUGUUAUUUGGAUUCCGAAGACAGACUUUCACAAGCUUUGACGGAGUUCUUCCUUGGCUACACUUUUCCGUCAACACUGAUAUCCGCUGUCCUGCUGACGUGGGCGUGUCUACGUCAGCGUUCCAAGAUGGCGGACUCAAUAGAAAGAAUCCAGGCCAUUCUCUUAUUUAUUCUUUUCCACGUGCACAUGGUUACUCAGCUGCUUCGGUUUGCAACGCCUUUUGUCGACACCAUCGGUGACAGUGCCUCGUUUCAUCUACUGGCUUGGCACAUAUCUCUCUCCGACUUCGCUAUUUCACCAACCCUAUGUCUUAUCGUAAUCUUCCUGUGCCGACGCUCUUUGAGGCAGGCCGAGGCUACCAGACGUAACGAUGGCAGCGAAGAACGAGAUGGCGACACGAAGAUGGAGCUAGUUCAGUGACGAAAAGAUUCCUGUCUUCCACCUCUAAGCCAAGUCUCUGAAGUCACCAGGCACACUAAUUGAUGCAGGCUUUGCAUCACGAGACCCUAUAGUAAAACGCAUUAUCACAGUACAUGUAAAAUGAAUGUGUUUUACUUUCUUGCAGACAGUAUUAAGUCAGUGUAUAGUUUCUGUGCAUCAUGGCAUUGUGGAUUCCCGCGGGCGUUGCCCGCUUUCCUCUCACUACAUCAUGGCAUUGCGGAUUCCCGCGGGCGCUGCCCGCUUUCCUCUCACUACAU